CUCCUCCGCCUCCGACCCCAACCUUAACCCCCUCCUCCUUUCUCCUUCUUCGUCUCAGAAACAAUGAACGCGAAGAACACCCCCACAGAGACCACCGGCGAGUCUCGAUUCCUGGGAACCAUCUCCGCCUCAUCGAUUCGAAACCUCCACCCCAGAUCCAUCUCAACCAAGAACGGAAAAUCCUUCUUUAGCCCCAAAAUUGCCGCACCAAUUGCCCCAAAAUUGCUCACCCUCGAAAGCGUUUCGCCGAGCUCGUUGAAGGACAAGGUUUAUAGGAUCUUCUGCAGGGAAAAGCGUAAGCUCGCCGGUAGAAAGGUACAUGGUGACAUGCAUAUUCUAGACAUUGCUGUGGAUUUGCCUUCUGUGACUGAAAUUUUCAGGUCAAAAUAUUCAACUACUCUUCUCUGCACUCGAUUAAGAUGUCAGGUGUAUAGCUCAGUUGAUUGGGUAUGCUGGGAUUAAUUACAGCUCUCCUACUCUUGGCACGGCUAUGUCAACCUUAUAUUGUAGUAUGCUGAUGAGCUUUCUCUCAUUCCAGAUAAGAGUUCUGCAAUGCAUUUUUGAGUCACUUUCAUAGUGCCAUCCAAUUCUAAAUAAUUCAAUUGGGUGAUUUCAGAAUGGAAAAAAUUGAUCGGAGAAGCUGCAGUACCCUAGCUAAAACCUUGGGAACAAUAGUUUCAAUAUCAGGGGCUUUCAUUGUGACUCUUUACAAGGGACCCCCACAACUGAUGACAGCCUCAGUUGAUUUAUUGUCUCACAAUAAACUUUUCUUGCCACAAUC